AUGGAGGGGAACCGGGACGAGGCGGAGAAAUGUGUGGACAUCGCCCGGGAGGCGCUGAACGCCGGCGACCGCGAGAAGGCCCAGCGCUUCCUGCAGAAGGCCCAGAAGCUGUACCCGCUGCCCUCGGCCCGCGCCCUAUUGGAAAUAAUUAUGAAAAAUGGAAGCACAGCUGGGACUAGCCCUCAUUGCCGAAAACCAUCAGGUAGUGCUGAUCAAAGCAAGCCUAAUUGCACAAAGGACAACACGACUGGUAGUGGUGAUGGAAAAGGCUACACCAAAGACCAAAUAGAUGGAGUUCUCAGCAUAAACAAAUGUAAAAAUUACUAUGAAGUACUUGGAGUUACCAAAGAUGCUGGUGAUGAAGAUUUGAAAAAAGCUUAUAGAAAGCUUGCUUUGAAGUUUCAUCCAGACAAAAACCAUGCACCUGGAGCAACAGAUGCUUUUAAAAAGAUUGGAAAUGCUUAUGCUAUUUUAAGCAAUCCAGAAAAACGAAAACAGUAUGACCUCACAGGCAAUGAAGAACAAGCAUGUAAUCCACAAAACAAUGGUAGAUUUAAUUUCCAUAGAGGUUGUGAAGCUGAUAUAACUCCAGAAGACUUGUUUAAUAUAUUUUUUGGUGGUGGAUUUCCUUCAGGUAGUGUACAUUCAUUUUCAAAUGGGCGAGCUGGUUAUAGCCAUCAACAUCAGCAUCGGCAUAGUGGACAUGAAAGAGAAGAAGAAAGAGGAGAUGGAGGCUUUUCUGUGUUUAUCCAGCUGAUGCCCAUUAUUGUAUUGAUCCUUGUGUCAUUAUUAAGCCAACUGAUGGUCUCUAAUCCUCCUUAUUCCUUAUAUCCCAGAUCUGGAUCAGGGCAAACUAUUAAAAUGCAGACAGAAAACUUAGGUGUCGCUUAUUAUGUCAACAAGGACUUUAAAAAUGAAUAUAAAGGAAUGUUAUUACAAAAGGUAGAAAAGAGUGUGGAAGAAGAUUAUGUGACUAAUAUUCGAGAUAAUUGCUGGAAAGAAAGACAACAGAAAAUAGAUAUGCAAUAUGCAGCAAAAGUGUACCGUGAUGAACGACUUCGAAGGAAGGCAGAUGCCUUGAGCAUGGACAACUGCAAAGAACUGGAGCGGCUGACCAGUAUUUAUAAAGGAGGAUGA